AAAAUUUAGCCUCACAAGAUCAGUUCGUUCACGGCCGAGGACGAUCCCCAUAGUGGACGUGGUUGGAGGUUAUGGCGAUCAGGAUGGCGGCAACCCUCAUUCUUCUCUGCACAGCGCUCCUAAGCGUUGGUGGAGAGAGCCUUGUUGAGGAAAUCACAGCCCCAGUCGUCGGAGAUGCGAUCGAUGGGGUGGCUGACAAUAUCGCGGAUGGUGUGGUCGAUGUAGCAACGAACAUCACCAGUGCGGUAACUGAUGGCUUUAAGGAGGUUAAGCUGGUCCUGAUCGCGUCCGACAAGAACGCGACGUUCGACCUCGAAAAAGCGACGAGUGUUCUUAGCGACACUGCUUUCAACAGCGCCCUACCGACCGUCGUAUACAUGCACGGCUAUUCGGAGAACAGGGACAGCGAGAGCGUGCAGGUCAUGUCCGACGCUUUCCUCCGUAAGGGAUCCCACAACUUCGUCUUCGUCGAUUGGAGCUUGUACGCCUCGCCUCCUUACGUCAGCGCCUUCCUCCACCUGCCCGGAGUCAGCGCGGUGGUGGGGGACACCGUGAACGACCUCGUGCAGGCAGGGCUCUCGAGGGACGGCCUGUGGCUCAUCGGUCACUCCAUGGGUGGCCAGAUGGCCGCUAUCGUGUCUCGAAAUCUGGACUUCAAGCCCAAGAGGAUCUCGGCCCUGGAUCCCGCCCUUCCCGGCUACCAGAUCCCUAACUUUCCCAAUCUGACCCGCGACGACGCGGUCCUCGUCGACGUCAUCCACACGGAUGCGGGCGUGUACGGCUACAACAAGCCCUGUGGCCACGUGGACUUCUUUCCCAACAGCGGUCGCCGCUUGCAGCCGGGCUGCCCUCGCCUGCCCUUGUUGGAUGAUAAAGAUUUCUGCAGCCACCACCGGUCCUGGGAGUUCUUUGCAGAGUCCGUCGCCAACGAGAUAGCAUUCCCAGCCGUCAAAUGCUCGUCCUGGGAUGACUUCGAGGAUGGAAGCUGCCCCGUCAAUGGCACCAACAUAGCGUACCUUGGGUACAAACUUCCGACUCAAGUGGAGGAGGGCGACUAUUACCUCAGAACCAACGACGCGUCGCCCUUCGCCCAGGGUUUGAAAGGCGUUACAGUCGAGGUCGAGGAGACCAACGGCAUUGCCGAAUUUUUGGGUGGAAUCGCCAGCAAGACGCAGAGCUUUUUCGUUCGCGUCUUUCCCAUAUUCUAGUAACGAAACAGACCAAGGAAAGCCACAGCAAUAAAAACGUGCAGGCAGAGAUUGAAA